AUGGAUUCGCUUGUGAAGUGUGGCAAUGGCUACGGCUACGGCUAUGGUUACGGCAACAGCAAGCCCCAGAUGAACUACCACCGCCAGAACAGCGAGUCCGUGACCACCGUCGUGACGGAGAUCAACCGCAUGACCGUCAACGACAAGCCCUGCUACGGCGCCGGCGAAGCCGGCGCCGUGGCCGUGCAGAAGCACUCCUUCAAGGAGGAGGAGGAGAAGUACGGCGCUGCUGCCGUGAAGAAGCACGACGAGUUCAAGGAGGAGGAGAAGUACGGCGAAGUAAUCGACGCGGAGUACGGCGCCCACUACGGCGGUGGCGCCGCCGUGAAGAAGCAGGGCUACGGCUACAAGCAGGAGGCGUACGGGGAGACCGAGGCUGCUGCAGGGUAUGGCGGGGCCCACUACGGCAGUGGCACCGGCGGGAAGAAGCAAGGCUACAACUACAAGCAGGAGACGUACGGGGAGACCCAGGCUGCAGGGUACGGCAGCGCCCACUACGGCGCCGGCGCCGGCGGGAAGAAGCAAGGCUACAGAUACACGCAGGAGGCGUGCGGGGAGAGCGACGCCGGCUACGGCGCGCACCACGGUGGUGCCGGUGCCGCCGUGCAGACGUACGCCUACGACCAGCAGGCGGCGUACGGCGGCGCCAUCAUCGGUGACGCCGUGCAGCAGCAGGCCUACAAGCAGAAGGACGCCACUAGUAAGAUGAACGGCUCCCAGCAGAAGGUGUACGGGUACGGGGAAGCCGCCGCCGACGCGGCAGGGGCAAGGUACGGCGCUCACUACGGCGGUGGCGCCGUGCAGCAGCACGGCUACCAGAAAGAUGCGUACGGGUACGGCGCCGCCGCGGCCGCCGCCGGUGGCAAAGUGAAGAAGAACGGCUACCAGUACCAGGAGGCGUACGGCGGAACUGACGCAGGAGGAUACGGUGCUCAUUACGGCGGUGCCGGCGGUGGCGCCGUGCAGCAGUACGGCUACCAGAAAGAUGCGUACGGGUACGGCGGCGCCACCGCCGGUGCCAAAGUGAAGAGCGGCUACCAGUACCAGGAGGCGUACGGCGGAACUGGCGCAGGAGGGUACGGCGCUCACUACGGUGGUGGCGCCGCCGCCGUUCAGAAGCACGGCUACAUGCAGGACGUGUACGAUAGCGAGACUGAGAGCGAGAGCGACGAGAGCGACUGCGAGGAGGCGUUCCCGCCGCGCGGCGGUGUGCAGCACAGCUACGGGGCGUACAAGCAGGAGAAGCACGGGGCUGGCAACCUCGGGGGCGUGCGCCGCUACGAGUCAUACGAGACCCGCGAGGACGGCGGGCGCCGCUAUGAGUCGUACCAGAGCACCGUCCAGUACACCGGCGGCGGCGGCGGCGGCGGCUACGCUACGUGCUCCCCGAUCAAGAACCGCCACCUCCUUCGCUACGGCGCGUAA